AUGGAGCUCAAGGUUGGUGAACCCAACAAAAAGUACUACGUUGGUGCCUUGUGUUGUAGGUUAACAGUGUCCUUUAUCGCAAUCCUCUUACUAGGUGGUGUUGUUUUUUCUAUACUAACUAAGUUUCGUCACUCUGAUUCGGCUCAACCCUCUACUCGCCCCACCAACGUUGUUCAGAAAUAUGCCUCUUCUCUUGAAUUGGCUCUGCAAUUUUUUGACGUCCAGAAAUCUGGUAAGCUGAAUAAUAACAGGGUUUCAUGGAGAGGGGAUUCAGGGCUACGAGAUGGGAGUGAAGCGAAUUUGGAUUUAUCCAAAGGAAUGUAUGAUGCUGGUGACCUCAUGAAAUUUGGGUUUCCCAUGGCUUUCACUGCUACUGUGUUGUCUUGGGCGAUUCUUGAAUAUGGAGAUCACAUGGAUGCGGUGCAGCAGUUACAAUAUGCAUUGGACUCGCUUAAGUGGAUCACAGAUUAUCUUAUUAAUGCACACCCUUUUGAAGAUGUGCUCUACAUUCAGGUGGGGGAUCCCGAGGUGGACCACAAUUGCUGGGAAAGGCCUGAAGACAUGACUGAGGAAAGGCCACUCAUUCAAGUUAACUCAUCCUUUCCAGGAACAGAAGUUGCUGCAGAAACUGCUGCUGCUUUGGCCUCAGCAUCUCUAGUUUUUAAGGAGAUCAAUCUCACUUAUUCUCAGAUUCUCUUAGGACAUGCUAAGCAGCUAUUUACAUUUGCUGAUACUUACAGAGCUUCCUACAGUGUCAGCAUCCCUCAAGUGGCGAAAUAUUAUAACUCAUCUGGUUAUGGGGAUGAACUCUUAUGGGCAAGUACCUGGCUCUAUCAUGCAACUAAGGAUCCAUCAUACCUAAGUUAUGUGACAGAGCAGAAUGAGAAUGCAUUUGGUGAUUUAGGAAGUUUAUCAUGGUUUAGUUGGGAUGAUAAGCAUGCUGCAACUCAGGUUCUUUUAUCCAGAGUAAAUUUCUUUGGUGCAAGAGACAUCCCAGAUGCGGAGAACCUUGACCUUCAAAUGUAUAGAGAAACUGCUGAAAUCCUCAUCUGCAAGUUUCUACCAGAUUCACCAACAGCCACAACCAACAGGACUGAAAGUGGGCUGAUAUGGGUGGUGCCAUGGAACUCUUUGCAACAUUCAGUGGCUUCUGCAUUCUUAGCUGUUCUUUAUAGUGAUUACAUGCUUACAUCUCAAACUGAAACUCUAUAUUGUAGUGGGAAAUUGUAUAAGCCAGUAGAUCUUCGCAAAUUUUCCAUUUCUCAGGCAGAGUAUGUGUUGGGAGAAAAUCCUAUGAUGAUGAGCUAUGUUGUUGGAUAUGGAAGUAAUUACCCAAAAUAUGUACAUCAUAGAGGAUCUUCCAUUCCAGUUGAUGCUAAAACAGGAUGCAGGAAUGGAUUCAUCAAGUGGUUUGACUCACCUCAACCAAAUCCUAACAUAGCAUUUGGAGCUCUAGUUGGUGGCCCCUUCUUUAAUGAGACAUAUAAUGAUUUUCGGAACAACUCAAUGCAGGCUGAACCAACUACUUAUAGUAGUGCCCUUCUGGUUGCUCUCCUCUCUGGCUUGCUUGCAAGUUCCUCCCUAGAAUGGUCUUUCUAG